AUGUCCAAGAUUGAAGAAUACAACAUAACCCACGAUGCCGUCUCCCUCGACGACGACGUGGUCAGCAGGACCAUUGCCCCCCGCUUCGCCGGGACGGCCAAUGACCGGCACGAUAUGAGCAUUCUGGGCAAGAAGCAAGUCCUACGGCGGCAGUUCAAGUUCUCGACGAUGCUUGGGUUUGCGAGCACGGUCAUGGUUGCUUGGGAAUUUGUGCUUCUCGUGUCUCCGUUCACGCUGCAGGAUGGUGGAACGGCGGGCGUGUUUUGGGGACUCAUCAUUUGUCCUUUCGUGAUGAUGCCGAUGUAUGCUAGUUUGGCGGAGGUGGCUUCGAUGGCGCCGACAGCUGGAGGUCAAUAUCACUGGGUGUCCGAGCUGGCCUCGCCCAACUGGCAAAAAGGCCUGAGCUACAGUGUUGGCUGGCUCAUUAGCAUCGGCUGGCAGACCUUCCUGUGUGGUGUCGCCUACUCCACCGCUGGCCUAAUCAUCGGCCUCAUCAAACUCAACAACGACACCUACCAAAUACAAAGCUGGCACCAAACACUCAUGACGAUGGGCCUUGUCCUCUUCUGCGUCUUCUUCAACAUCUUCCUGACAGUUCGACUGCCGCUUGUAGAGGUUCUCGUCCUGGUUCUCCAUGUCCUCGGAGUCUUCGUGGUUAUCAUCCCAUUAUGGGUCAUGGCUCCUCGGGGCAACGCUCACGAUACCAUCUUCAACUUUACGGACAACGGGGGCUGGGGUAAUGUUGGGCUGUCCUCGACUAUCGGGAUGAUACCGAUGAUUGGCAUGCUGAUUGGAUACGACUGUACUGUCCAUAUGAGCGAAGAGGUCAAUGACGCGUCCUGGACAGUGCCGAAUGUUGUGAUGUGGGCUGUCAGUACCAACGCUGUGAUGCUGCUGCUUGUUGGCAUCACCUACAUAUUCUGCCUCGGUGACCUCGAAAGCGUCCUUAACACCCCGACAUACCAGCCAGUAAUCCAGGUGUUCUACAACGCCACGAAAAGCAAAGCGGGCACCACCGUGAUGAUCGUCGUCCUCAUCGUCAUCUUCAUCUCCGCCUGCGUCGGUCAAGUAGCAACAGCAUCACGACAGAUGUGGUCGUUUGCCCGAGACAGAGGCUUCCCCGGCUCAUCCUGGCUCUCGCAAGUCCCUGCAGGCUGGAACAUCCCCAUCAACGCCAUCUGCGUCUCCGCCGUCAUCACCUCCCUCCUCUCCCUCAUCAACAUCGGCUCCUACGCCGCCUUCAACGCCUUCAACUCCCUCGGCACAACCUCCCUCCUCGCCUCCUACAACAUCACAAUCUGCACGCUAAUCUGGCGACGCUUCUCCCCCUAUCCCCUACCCGCCCGACGCUGGUCGCUAGGGAAGUGGGGACUGCCGUUGAAUGUGGUGAGUUUGUGCUUCACGACGCCGAUGCUGUUUUGGUACGUGUGGCCGUUGAGUUAUCCGGUUACGGCGGAGAAUAUGUGA